GCACAGCUCAGAUCCUGUCCAACGACCCCCCGCCGUCCGACGAGUCCCGAGUCCGCGACGCGUGCACCGCCAUGGCGAGUCCGGGGUCGGGCUCGGACGUGAGCUCUGUGUGGAUCGCGGUGCAAAGUAUUGGCGGGCGCACGGUGUGGUCGUCCUCGGUGCCCACAGACCUCACAGUCCUACAAGUGAAGCAGAAGAUCUACGAAGAUCUCCAGGCGAAUAAGCCCUUCCAACAAGAACUGGUGCUGGACUCCGUGAAACUACAAGACCAUCAGACUUUACAAGAGUUGUUGACCGACAUCGAAGGCCCCGAAGGCAAGUCCUUCACCUUCAACCUGGUGGUCUUGCCGAUCGAUCCACAGUGGUCUCCGCAGCUGCUGCGCGCCGCGGGCGAUGGGAGCUUGGAAAUGACCCGGAGCUGCUUGCACAAGGGCGCCGACGUGGAAAGCACCGAUGCCUAUGGCAACACCGCUUUGUGCUUGGCCGCCUCCAACGGACAAACGUCCAUCGUGACGCUGCUCUACGACGCCAGGGCGGAUCUCAACCAAGCCUCUGCCGAUGGGUGUACGCCUUUGCACCAUGCCACCUACUAUGGUUGUCACGCGAUCGUGGAGUUCUUGUGUGAGAAGCGUGUAGAUCUGCAACGUCGCAACCGCAACGGUGCCACUCCUUUGAUGCACGCGGCACAGCAGAACGAUCUGCACAGCGUACAGCACUUGGGUUCCCUCCUCGACGAUCCGCUGGCCAUCAACGCCAAACGUGGUGACGGUGCUACGGCGCUGAAUCUGGCAGCGGCGCUGGGACAUGUGGAAGUUGUAGAGUCCUUGUGCGACCUACGAGCAGACCCCAACGCCUGCGCAAACCAUAUGGUCACACCGCUGCUGCUCGCGGCACGCGAGGGGCACUUGGCCGUGGUGCAGCUGCUCGUGGAGCACCGUGCCGAGUUGGAGUGCCAAGCAGCGACCGGUGCAACAGCACUGAGCAUUGCUUCUAGGAUGGGACACUCGGAGGUGGUCCAUGGGCUUCUGCAGGCCAAGGCGGAGAUUGGCCAAGCACUUUCCGUGGCCGCUCAGGCGGGCCACUUGCCGAUCGUCGAACUCCUCUGUGAACAUCACUGCGACCCGAAUGUGGCUGGUCGCCACGGCAAGGUGGCGUUGGACCUGGCGCUGCAGCAACGGCAUUUGCCGAUCUUUAGCUUGCUGGCCUCCUAUGGUGCGAUGGCCACGGAAGACACCAAGGAUAUGGAUCUACUGCAGAGCUGCGCACGGGGGCAUGUGGAGAGUAUCAGUCUGCUGUGUGACGCGAAAGCUGAUGUGAAUAUCAGUGAUCAAGAUGGUAUGACACCCCUCAGCUACUGCGCUCAAGAGGGUCUCCUCGGCCCAGCCCAGCGAUUGCUCCACGCCCGGGCGUAUCCUGAUGGUCUCGACGGUCUCAGCGGGCGGCGCCACGUGGACGGCGCGACGGCGCUGUGUUUGGCGGUGCAUGAAGGGCACAAAGAGCUGGUGUCCUUGUUGCUGCAAGCAGACGCGGAUGAAAACUGUUGCAUGGGCGACGGGAUAACACCACUUCAUUUGGCAUGUCGUGAAGGGCAUGAGGAGGUGGUUCAACUCCUGUUGGAGCACCGCGCAGAUGUCCACCGGCCGAUGGCCAACGGCCUCACCCCGCUGGGCGCCUGCGCGCUGUGCAACCAGGUCGCCGUGGCCGAGCUCCUGGUGGAGCACGGCGCGGACUCGUUCGAGCCAAGUGGAGAGAGUGCACGUAGGUUUGGGCACGAGGAGAAGCAGCAUCGAAUGCGUAGUGGUGCUCACUCUAUCCGUUCCCCUGGCUGAGACUUGUAGACGCCAGUCUGGGGGGGGGCACGCAAGUAUGUGCUCCUAACUAUGUGGCUUUAUUUAAGCAGAUUGUAUUUCAGUGAGACACUGGAGAGACAGCUCAGAGCUGUUGGUGUAUGACCGAAACAGCUUGUGAGAGGCAAGCCUCUGAAAGCUUUCCUCCGCGGGAGGCAAGACUGUUACGCUGCUGAAUCGACAUGAUGCCUUCUCAUUUGUCAGGAAAAAAACAAAAACGAUUCAGGUGCUGUUCGUCCGUGUGAAUCACAGAUGGAGCACCAUGCUAUCCCAAGAUGGCCCGCGAUUGCACGAUGCAUCACAAUUCAGUGUGAAUCUAGCCUAUGCUGACUUCUCAAAGAUGCAGACGGUUGAACGUCUACACAAGUGGCACCGAUGCGAUUCUUCAUCUCACAUAGAAGCAUUUGUGCCCAAAUCUUUC